AUGAGGACAAGAACCUGGAGCUGCGGGAAAGUGGACGGUGCCGGGCUUUCAUACGACGUCGAAUACGCCCACGGGCCACCCACGGGCCACCCCCUGGCGCUGCCGGAUACGCAUUGCACACCCACAUUACGCCUGACUGCAAUGUUUCAAGAUAACCAAUCUCCUCUUGCAUUGCUGGCGGCCGUUGCCUUCCUGCCCACUCUCCAUGCGUAUUCCUCAAAUCGUACCUUCGAGGAGUCGUGCUCUGCAUUUGCUUCUGAGGCAGAUAUCCCCAAUGUCAAAGUUCACUUCAGUCAAUAUCUUCCCGUGGGCUACAACCUGUCUAUUCCAGACUUUCCGCAAUCAUGUAUCGAAUCCCAAGGCUCCUCUCCUAAUCAGAUCAUCCGCUCUGAGGUCUGCCGUGUGGCCAUGCUGGUCAACACGUCCGACAGCAGCAGCAUGACUCUGGAAGCCUGGCUCCCCUCUAAUUGGACCGGCAGGUUUCUGAGCGGAGGCAAUGGUGGCCUCUCUGGUUGCGUCCAGUAUGUCGACUUGUCCUAUGGCUCCUCCUCAGGCUUCGCAACAGUCAGUGGGAACAAUGGCCACAACGGCUCGUCUGCGGCACCAAUGUACCAGCAGCCCGAGGUGCUGGAAGACUAUGCUUACCGCGCAAUCUACACCGGAGGAGUCGUUGGCAAGGAGGUAGCUGGCGCUUUUUAUGGGGACAGCGUUUCCAAGUCUUACUUCAUGGGCUGCUCUGGAGGAGGCAGACAAGGGUUCAAAAUGGCACAGUCCUUCCCAGAGGUUUUCGAUGGCAUUGUUGCUGCCGCCCCAGCCAUCAACUUCAACAACCUCAUUAACUUCGGAGGCUGGCUUAGCACUAUAGCCGGCUUCAACACUAGCUCCUCGGAUUUUAUUGGCGAGGACCUUUGGCAGAUCAUUCAUGAAGAGGUUUUGGACCAGUGUGAUGGCUUGGAUGGAGCAGUCGAUGGCAUCAUCGAGAACACAGACGUCUGUCAUCCUCAGUUUGAGCGUUUGAUUUGCACAACAGACGCUACUAAUACCACUGGUUGUCUGAAUGGCGUUCAAGCUGCCAGAGUCCGGGCUCUAUACGAGCCUCUAUACGGUAUCGAUGGUACGCUCCUGUACCCGCGCCUCCAACCAGGGACCGAGACUGUGAGCUAUAGUACAUACUUUUCCGGCCAAGUAUCAGUCCUUGCUGAAGAGUGGUUCAAAUACGUCGUCUACGACCCCGAGUUUGACCCAGAGACUCUGACGCGCGAGGAUUUUGCCGUCGCCGCUUCGCAAGACCCUUACAAUAUCAGUACCUUUGAUGCCGACUUGUCGGCUUUCAAUCGCCGGGGCGGAAAAUUCCUCACCUUCCACGGUAUGGAAGACUACAUCAUUUCGUCAGAGAUCAGCACCUUGUAUUAUCAUCGACUAGCUGAGACCAUGUCUCUUGCCCCGUCUUCUCUCGAUUCGUUCUAUCGCUACUUCCGCGUGAGCGGCAUGAGUCACUGUGCACUCGGGAAUGGCGCGUAUGGCUUGGGAAUGUACUCCUUCGGCUCUAUUCAAAAUGCUAUGGAGCAGGACCCAGACGACAACGUACUGGCCCGCAUUGUGGCGUGGGUCGAGCGCGGCGAAGCUCCAGAGUACAUCCGCGGCACCAGCUUUAACACCGGGCUGCCAGGCUCGGGAACUGCAUUCAAGCGGAAGCAUUGCAAAUACCCUAGCAGCAAUGUCUAUGUUGGUCCUGGCAACUACACUGAUGAGAAUGCUUGGAGGUGUCAGUAG